AUGAGUGGUGCCGUAUAUGGAGGUGAUGAAGUUGGGGCACUUGUAUUCGAUAUUGGCCAUAAUACUGUUAGAGCAGGGUAUGCCGGUGAAGACAGCCCUAAAGUUGAUAUUCCUUCGACAAUUGGUGUUUGGCUAGAUAGUGAUGAAGAUAUUCCUGUGACAAGAUACAAUAUUGGUCUUCUUGCCAUUCAUGUAUGGAGACCAGGAAUGGAAUUAUCCUCUUUUUUAAAAGAAGGCAUGGUGGAGAAUUGGGAUAUGUUUGAAAAUUUCUUGGAUUAUAUCUAUAACCAAGCUCUACGAGCAAUUCCUAAGGACCAUCCGAUACUCCUUACAGAGCCUCCAUGGAUCACCCCAGUAAAGAGAGAAGAAAUGGCAGAAUUAAUGUUUGAAAAAUAUGGAGUACCAGCAUUAUACUUAGCAAAGAAUGCUAGUUUAGCUGCUUUUGCUAAUGGAAGGCCUACCUGCUUAGUGGUUGAUAGUGGGGCCACCCACACAUCAGCUGUACCUGUUCAUGAUGGGUAUGUUCUAACUCAAGCUGUUGUUAAGUCUCCAGUUGGUGGGGAUUAUUUGAGUGCUCAGUCUAGAUCACACUUAACUGACAGAGGCAUAGAAAUUGUACCUCCAAGUUUUGUUGCUGGAAAAGAAGUUGUCAAACCUGAAGAAGCACCUAUAUGGAAAAAACGCAUGGUCCCUCUACAUUUAACAGAAUCUUGGUAUAAUUAUAUGAUCAAGGAGGUAAUGCAAGAUUUCCAAGCAACUGUUUUACAAGUAUCUGACGUGUCAUAUGAUGAAGAAAUUGUAAAAACUAUGCCUGCUAAUCAUUAUGAAUUUCCUAAUGGUUACCAUAGAGAUUUUGGAGUAGAGCGGUUCAAGAUUCCAGAGCCAUUGUUCAAUCCGACAACAGGUGCCAAGGCUGGCAUUCAACCAAUCCUGGGGGUUGGUUCUCUAGUUACCACUAGUGUGGGAAUGUGUGACAUUGAUAUUAGACCGGCUAUGUAUGGUAGUGUUGUUGUUACGGGUGGAAAUUCUAGUCUACAGGGCUUUACAGAGCGGCUUAAUAGAGAUUUAGCUGCUAAAACUCCCCCAAGUAUGCGCCUGAAAAUAAUCAGUGCUCCCGGAGCCUCAGAACGCAGGUUUGGCGCUUGGACUGGAGGAUCGAUUCUCAGUUCAUUAGGAUCGUUUCAACAACUAUGGGUUUCCAAACAAGAAUACGACGAAAGUGGAAAAAUCAUUGUUCAAUCUAAAUGUUUGUAA